UUUUCCCUUUUUUUUUCACAUGAUUUCUUAUCUCCUAUGCUCCAAUUCCCUCAAUCAAAACCUUCUAAUUACUUCGUAACUUCUAAUUACUUCGUAAAUUCUCUUUGUUUCGAUCCCAACACCACCCCCAUUCCAAAAGAAGCUUCUUUUACUGCCAAAAAUGGCCUGAAUCCAUAUAAAAAAAGCUGCUCUUUUUUAGUCGGGUUUAUUGUAGAAAGAAACGUACUACUCUGAUGAGCUUUUGCGGUGUCAAUUCAUGAGUUUAGUGACGAUCUAUGAUCAGGGUUGUACCCCGGCCACUCUGCCGAGCUGCUUCUGUAGUAACCAAAAAGCGCUUCUACUCUUCCUCUGCUCUCUCCCUGCAGUUUUUGGAUGCACACCACCUGUUCGAUUCGAAUUCCGCGGUCAAAAUCGAAUCUUUGUAUGGCCGUCAUUCAAAAGUCGCCGCCUUUCGCGCUAAUCGUGCCCCGAGUCUCUUCCCGCUUGUGGCUUCGGUCGUUCGCACUCUGAAUUGGGGCAUCGUGCGAACGCUGCGGUUCUCGGAGGUCGUAGAUGUGUAUGGGUUCUCUCACUCAUUGGAGUCCUUUGGAAUGCUCAUUGGGGUAUUUGCCUCGGCCGGAAGGUAUUCGCAGGUGAGGUGUUUGAUUAAAUGCCUAGUUGAUUACGAUAAGAAUGUUGGCUUCAGCUUGCUUGAGCUGCCCACUAUAUUACCCGAGCUAUCGAGUGGUGAGCUGAGCUUGUUACAAGCAUACGGAUUAGUGAUCCAAGUUCUUGCAGAGUCGUCAAUGCUUGACGCUGCGGUAGAGUCCUACUUGAAAGCGAAGAUAUUUGGAGUUCAUAUCGGUGUUCCGGUGUGCAAUUUCUUGCUCAAGUCCUUGGUUAAACACUGCGAGGUAGAGCGUGCUAAAACGUUAUUUCAAAAUAUGAAGAAUUUCGGGCCGUUGCCUAAUGUCCACACCUACACUAUUUUGAUGAACCUAUAUGCCAAAGACGGCAUGUUCAAUAUUGAUGAAGCUAGUGGAAUUUUGAAGGAAAUGGAGCAACGUGGUGUCAAGCCAAAUGAAGUAACCUAUGGUACAUACAUCCGCGUCCUUUGUGGAGCUGGAAUGAUUGAAUCUGCACGGGAGUUUCUCAAGGAUUUGCUUGGUAAAGGCCUGCAAUAUAAUAACUACUGUUUUAAUGCUGUGAUUCUUGGUUUUUGCCGUGAAGCUUCGUUGCUGCCUAGGGCGCUGACGGUUCUUGACGAAAUGAAGGCUUGCGGAUUGACGCCAGAUGUGCAUACAUAUAGUAUUCUUAUUGACGGGUUUUGCAAGAAAGGAGAUGUUUUAAAAGGGUACGACUUGCUUAUUGAAAUGGCAAAUAGCGGAAUAAUGCCGACGAUAGUUUGUUAUAGCUCGCUCUUGCACGGGUUGUGCAUGAGAGGAGAGAUGGAUACAGCGGUGAAUUUGUUCUAUGAGCUUAAAUAUCGAGGUUAUGAGCAUGACUUGGUUUCUUACGGCAUUCUCAUUGAUGGGUAUUGUCAUCUUGGCGACCUAGAGGGUGCUUGUAAACUCUGGGAUGAGAUGAUUCAAAGAGAUUUAAAACCCGAUGCUCUUUGUUAUACAAGCACUAUUUAUGGCUAUUGCAAAAUUGGAUGCUUGAAUGAAGCUCUUCAACAAUUUGAGCUCAUGCUUUGUAGUGGAGUGGCACCUAGUGUUGUCACGUGUGCUGUGAUUGUUGAUGGGUUCUGCAAAAAAGGGCGUCUUGCAGACGCAUUCCAGUUCUUGAAUGAGAUGCUUGGCUGGGGCGUCAUUCCCAAUAUAUUUAUAUAUAAGGUUCUCAUGAUUGCACUAUGCAAGGAAAUGCCGCAUAAGGUAUGGGAAGUUUUUGGUGCUAUGACAAAGAGAGGGAUUGUGGCAGAUGUAGUUGUCUAUACAAUUCUUAUUGAUGCUUCUUUGAAAAUGUCAGACCUUACGGGGGCUUGCAGAUUAUUUUCUGGAAUGUCAAGAAAAGCAGUUGAGCCCAGCAUUUUCACAUACACGAGCCUCAUUAAUGGCCUUUGCAGGAAUGGUAGAUUCCCAGAAGCUUUGAGUUUAUUUGAGGAAAUGAUCGAAAAAGGUUUCACGCCUGAUAGAGUUGUUUAUACCUCGGUGAUUGGGGGUUAUUGUAGGUGUGGAGAUGUUGAGAAAGCCAUGAAGUUGUUUAACAAGAUGGUGCAAUGUGGUUUUUCGCCUGAUGUUGUUGCCUACUCUUGUCUUAUUGAUGGAUAUAGCAAGUUUCUACUUAUGGACAAAGCAGAAUCACUCUUUCAUGAGAUGAUAAAGAUGGGACUAUCACCUACUGUAGUUACUUAUACUUCUCUCAUAGCUGGGUAUCGCAAAAUGGGUGACUGGGAUAAGGCUUUUGACAUGUAUAAUAGAAUGAUAAAACAGGGAAUUCAGCCUGAUAUGUUGGCUAACUUGUCACUGGGCAUCAAUCGCAGCACAGAGCAGACGUAAAGAGUUAACAAUAAAUUCCAUGAUAAUUAAUUCCUUCUUGGCGUAGCUUCUAGCUGCUUCUCCACUCCUACAAAUAGCAGCCUCGAAUUUGGUGAAUAAAGGAAGCUGAAAUGAGAUUCUCGGGAGAAGAGUAGAAGCUCCAAUUUGAAGUUUCUUUGUUUGCUAUAGCAGCAAACUGAGAGUCAAGAUUCGGUGACAAGCUUUUCGUGCUUCUUCAAACAACUUAUACAGCACAUCUGCAGCAGCUUCACUUAACUCAUGGAGGCCUGACAUGCCAGAUAGUUUUUAUCCAAGCAGUAAUGGUGGACUUAACAUGUGGGACUAUCGCAUUUGUCCUCGGAGAUUGAAGAAGGAUGAGUAACUUGGCCUUGCCGAAGCGAGCGCGUAUUGACCUUCAACGGAAACUGUUCGGUAGCGUAUGACUACUGCAGUUGGAUGCAGAAAUUCAACAAGAACAAAUUGGCUGACAGUGAUUAUUAUUAUUACAUUCAAUAACAUUAUAGUCACGCAAAUUAAACAAGUUGCUUUAUGAACAGGCAAUUUUCAUAACUUUAAUUAUGAAAAAAAAUCUUUUAUUUAAGUUUAGAUAUAUUGUAUAAGUAUUAACUUAGCUGGUUGUUGUUUAAUUGUGUAAUUAAAAUGAUUUGUAAAAUUAUUCUAAAAAAAAAUUGGUGAAGUGUAAGGUUCACACUGAAGCAAAGUUUUAUGCAGGGAUAAUUGAAACAUGAGC